AUGUGGUUCCGCGCGCAAUGGGUCUACCUGCGCGCGGUGGCGUGCAAGACGAAGGAAGAGGACGACCCGAUCCACACCAUCAACCGCCUUAUCGUGCCACGCUUCGACGUGUACGUCAUCCACCUUGUGCGGUCGGGUUCUCGCGGCCUCAACAUUGUGCUGUGGGAUCCCGUGCACAGGAGACGCUACGUGGCGAGGGGCAUGCUCUCCGACGUGCUCGCGUGCCUGCUGGAGCGGUACUCGAAGCAUAUGAUAUUUAUUCCAACGAACCGCACCGACCGACCAACGCUGCUGCGCUGCCGCACCGCCCUCUCAAAGGCGGGCCGGCAGUGCAUCAUCGUGUUCCCCUCCGAGAUGGGCGAAAAGUACCGCGGCGUGUACCAGUCAGAGCCGUCGGGCUACUGGAAGGCGCUGCGUGAGGUAUCGUGCGGACUUGACACGGACUUUCUGUUCGAGGUGUAUGCCGCGGCUGGAAACAACUUGCGCAGCUACCACAUCAAGCGGCUGCAGGAGGCGGGCUCAGCGACAAGGCUGCUCUCACAGCAAAGUGACAGGAGGGCCCUGAAGAGCAAGAAGAAGAACGGCGAAUGCGACGAGGGAAGUGCGGAGGCGGCGUAUGUGACCGGUGCGGAGGUGGAGAAGUGGCUGCGCAUUCUGACCCUUGAGCGACGCGUGGCGGCUGAAAAGGCCGAGUUGCGCAGGUACAAGCGGCACCUUCUCAUCGCGUAUGUGGCAACGGAGUUCUCCGCAUACACGCGAAUGGCAAACCCGCAUGUGUCGACGAACUACGUGCUUGCCGCUUGCUUGAUGGACAGACAGCAGCGUGUUGUAGAGCCAUGGACAAAGUACACAGCUCGAGGCGAAUUUAAAUUACCCUCGUUGGAUGAGUUUGAUGUCAUUGUGGCACACAAUGCCAAGCAGUUCCUCCUGUUGAUCUGGGACGACCCCGAGCUGAAGCGCUUCUUCAAGCGUGGAGGCAGGGUGUGGUGCACGAUGCUGGCGGAGUACUUACUUGAGGCCCAGCGGUGCCACACAGGUAGCAACAGCUUCCGUGAGGUUGCGCAGAAGUAUGGUGUCAUGACUCCGCCUUCCGCCGUCCUGGGAAUUGCCGCGGCGGACUUGCCAUUUGCNUUCCUGCGGCACUACCUGAUGGCCGCUGUGGAUGCCUUAUCAACGGUUUUCCGUGAACAGCUGCUGAAGGCGGGGGAGCGGAGCCAGGCGAUAUGCAUCGCCCACCGUAUGGAUUCGCUGCUGGCGAUGGCGUCCAUUGAGAGCGCCGGCAUUCAAGUAGAUAUGGAGGAGGCGGCGCACCAGGCACGGGCCGUGCACAAUCGUGUGCUGGCGAUUGACAAGGCACUCAGCCUGUACGUCCCGAACGAGGUACCGCUCGACCUGCAGAAGUUCUUUGAUUGGUCGUCCGUGCAACACCUGAACGCCUUCUUCUUUGGUGGCAACAUCACGCUCGGGUACAGCGACACCGCGCGUGACUCCUCCGCAUGGACGUCGAACCUCAUGUACUUCUGCCACAAGUACGGUAACCUCUCGCUGCUCUCAGCGGACGUGCACCUGCAGCGCUUUGCGAGCGAGCAUGGAUUGCGCACGGCGGGGCGCCUCCCGCAGCGUGUGGCGCAGUUUCUUACGGCCGACAAGAACGCGCCGAGCCGCCGCUACCGGCUUGUGGUCUUCGACAUCGAGUCUACCGGCCUCAACACGGCAACCGACACCAUCAUCGAGAUCGCCGCGUGGGACCCGGUGGAGGGCACGUCGUUCAGCUCCCUCGUCGACCCGCAGCGGCCCAUUCCGCAGACGACGACGGCGAUUCACCACAUCACGGACGGCAUGGUGCGCGGAGCGCCGCGUCUGCCGGAGGUGACGCAGGCGUUUGCACGUUUUUUGCGCCUGGACGAGGCACAGCGUGACCCCAACGAGGUCGUUGUCCUCAUUGGGCACAACGUGUUUGCGCUCGACGAACCGCUGCUCCGGCGCGCGCUGGAGCGUGAGCACGUGGACGCCGACAGCAUUCUCUUCUGCGACUCGAUUAUCCUGCUCAAGGCGCUCAAACGCGAGCUGCAGGGGGGGAAGGAGAACCUCCGCGUGGACCGCGGCGUGGUGGAGAUCUUGACGAGUUCACUCCGUCUCUCCUCUCUUGUGGAGGGCCUUCGAGUGAAGGCUGACGGUGAGCUGCAUCGCGCUGACACGGACGCCAAGACGUUGUGGUUUGUCCUCGUCAACGCACUGGGGUUGGCGGGGCGUGACGCCGCCAAACAGCGCGAUGCCGUCUUCAGCCACGCUGCCCGCACGCUGGUGGUGUACCCUGGCGUCGGCUGUUUUCUCCCACUCGAGCGUAGGCGCGACUGCGCGGUGGUGCGGCUGCCUGGCGUUGCGUCUGAGGCCAUCGAAGACCCGCAGGUCUUGGCGUCUUUGCAGCGCAAGGCACUGAACGAAACGACACUGCAGACACUGCACCAACACAAGCUUGAGGUGGCUGGGCUUCUUGUGCAGAAGCAGCAGCUGGAGCGAAGCGCCGCACGUUUCCUCCACUCCGACCACAACGGCCAGCUCUCUGUGCUGCACCCGGACGGGAAGGUACGGCAAUAUAUUGACCUCACGGCCACCUCCACAUCCCGCACGACGAGUUCGUACCCGAGCUGCCAGAACAUCCCCAAGGAUGACAAGUCGUCACUGCGGCGUCUUUUUGUCUCGCGUUUCGGGGCGAAGGGGCGGUGCGUGGAGUUGGACUACUCACAGCUGGAAAUUGUCGUCAUGGCUCUCCUCUGCGGGGACAAGCGUCUCGUGUCGGACCUAAACAAGGGCGUUGAUUUCCAUGUGAAGCGUGCAUCAUUCUUCAGUGGGAUACCUUACGACGAGAUCUUUGAGGGGGUUCAACGGGAUGUUGCGAAGUAUGUGCGGUUGCGCAAGACCGCGAAGACAUUUUCGUUUCAGCGACUGUACGGCGCAGGUGUACCGCUGCUCCACAAAACGACGGGUAUUCCCGUGAAGGAUCUUGAAGCGUCCAUCCGCAAGGAGGAGGAGGAGUAUCCGGGAAUCUCCAAGUUUCAUCGCCUCGUCCGAACUGUUGCAUUACGGGCGAACAAUCCAGGCCUUCCGACGCACUUUGUCGUGGAGCUGCCGACUGGCCUCCGCAUGAGCUUCAAGACACGUGACGUAGUGUUGAACUUGCCGCCUGUGAAGAACUACCCCAUCCAAGGUUUCGGUGCGGAGUUGGCGCAGAUGAUGGUAGGACGUGUGUUUCGUCAGCUUGUGCGGAAGAACUUUUACGGGCAGAGAGCGUUCAUGAUCAACUUUGUACAUGACUCCCUAUGGCUGGACUGCCACGUCGACGUACUGGAGGAGUGCGUACGGGAGACGCAGGAUUGCAUGAUGGGGGUUCACACUUACGUCGCCAAGGCGUUUCCUGGGGUGGAGUUGAAGGUCCCGCUUCGGGUAACAGUGCAGUGCGGUGUCGACAUGUGUUCCAUGGAGACAGUUGUGUCCGACUUCAGCCGCGUCCCGUUGCAGCGGCGGCAUAAACGGGAGGACUUGGAGUUUCUGCCGAGCCUCAACGCCGACGUGGGCGAAGACAUAGAGAAUAACUUGUAG